GAAUCCGGGUACCAUUUUUGUUUGCUUUUAAAUUUUCCGCGGUGUAUAUUGCUUUCUUUUCUGCAUUUGAUCAAUGUCAAAUAUUGUCAUUGGGAUUUUGUUUUGUCAAUUUGAUAGAUGGUUAUAAAGCAUAGUUUUACUUACAUAUUUAUUGUUCAAGAAAGAGUGGUCAGAGUUUCCAUUGGAGAGAGGGUGCUGGUUCGCAUAGCCACGAAUGCUGCGAGCUCAGGAUCCUCUCUCAGUUUCCCUGAGUUCCGUUAGGUGUAAGCGUUGCUUUUAACUUAUGGCGUCUAGGAACUGUGAAUGAUCCUGGAAGGAAGUGUUUCGAGGGGGAUUGUGGUAGAUUUCAGACGGUAUCAUGGGUGCUUCUUGUUGCUGUUUGCGAGAUAACUUGGAUGAUUUUGCAGAUCCUAACAGCUCGAUCUAUAGGAAUUGUUUCUGCCUGCAGUAUUUUGUCCAGAAUUUCUUCCAUGUGUAUACAUCACUUCUUCAUAGUGGAGAACACCAUGCCAUAUCUUCGUCCACCCAAGCGACAGCGUCUUUGAGCUCUAUUGCAUCGCGUGAUAACUCUCUGUCUGAAAUGUACUGUUCUCCUCCGAGACCGUUGCCUUAUGAUGCUGGGCAUAGAUAUUUCCACUUACAACAGAAUGAAUUGGUCUCGGGAAGGGAAAAGGGGUCAAGUCACGUGCCCGACUCCGAGCCAUUACAACGAAGUGAUAGUGAUGAUGAUGUGGAGUUUCCGAGUACAGGAAACAAAUGGGAUGAGUCUUGUGAAAAAAAGGGAUCAAAAGAGGAGGACUACUCUAGAUCAUCACUGAAGCCCUCAACAACCGAGCCAACAACUGGAUUUGCUCAUAUCUAUCCUUCUUCGGAUGAUGAAGAUGUCUGCCCAACAUGCCUUGAAGAAUAUGAUGAAGACAACCCAAGAAUAAUCACGAAAUGCUCUCAUCAUUACCAUCUAAGUUGCAUAUACGAGUGGAUGGAGAGAAGCGAUACUUGUCCAGUUUGUGGCAAGGUGAUGGCAUUCGACGAGAGGAUAUGAUCUUACUCGAAAGAAUUUCAAGUCAUGGAUGAAACCAGUAACUGCUAAAGAUGCAGCCCAGAAAAUGAAAGAGAAAGAAGAGAGAUUAUGUAAAGUUGCUGUAAAUAUCUGAAAAUUGUUUAUAUAAAGUCAAUGUGAAUAUUUGAAUAAUGUGUCUUGUAUAUUGAAUAUGUAUGAAAGCAAACAUUGAACAUAAAACUUAAACAACAAUAAUAUAUUUUUUGAUUUGAUCA